AUGCCCAUCGUAGCACGUUGUCGUCAAGAGCAAACCCAAGUCAAAGAAUUCAAAAAGAUGAGUUCAAAAAGAUUCAAGCGGGCGAUUGACCCGUCGUUAGACUAUUGUAAGAUUCGAGUGCGAUCUGCACCAAAUGAGAAUUUUUUGCCCCUCCAAUCUAUCUUUGAGGACAUUGAUAUUAUCCAGCCUGGGGAUGUCACUGUCAUAAACGCAUGCACCAGUGUAACCCAUGGUGGUGUCACCAAUUUACAUGCGAUCGAAGAGGUGGAGGAGAAUGGGAGUCAUGUGGAGAUGACUCCCAUAAUAGGGCCUGCGCGUACAAAGUUUUCCACAGAACAAGAAAAUCUUGUGGGUUUGAAGGAAGAGACGGGAUAUGCUGUGGACUAUUUGGCAGUCCCAAGAGAACAGACAACAUGGAAAGAGUUGAAUAUAAGAUUAAUCUCUAAGUUUUUUGAUAUACUGGAUAUCUUAGAAUCGAAUCUGCAUCGGGGGUUUUGGUGGUUGAUCCCUCCCACCAAUAUCUGGCUAUACAGAAUGGCCGCAAUACUAAUGUAUGUGACUGAACAAUGUGCGAUGAUACCUCCCAUGUGUUUGAGCUUCAAAAAAACCAAUUUAUUUUUUUUUCAAAUUGUGUGUUCUUCUGAUCUUCAAUUAUUUUUUGAUGUCUUGGCAAUGCUCUCAGGUAUCUCUGCCCGAAGUUGUUGA